AUGCACAACCUUUCUUCCAGAUUCUCUGAAUCCACCAUUGCUUCGGCAUAUUCGAGCUUCAGCAAAGUUUCAUCCGCGAGCAGCGCUUCUUCCAUCGACGAUCUCCAGCUUCCGACGUUCGAUGCCGUCCCUAAGCCUCCACCUCGCACCACCUCCAUCACCCUCGCCAGUACAAAGACCUACUCCUCUGUGCGUCGUGAGCGCAAGAAACCGGCACCUCUGCGACUGGUUUCAGCCCGCAGCUCAAGGCGCUGCCUUUCGAGCGACGACGACGAAGACUACUUCAGCUGCAAAGAGGUUCAGCGCGAGACGUACCAGCCAAGAUGCUUCUGUGGCUCUCCCGUUCGUUCUUGCACCAGCGCAUCUACCUCUAGCACAGAGAUAUACUGCUCUACAUAUUGUGCUCGUCAAGAUGCUCUAUACGCCCUCGAAGGCCGAUCUCCUAGCUUCUGCCCGUCGUCGUCGCCACACUCUGACGUCGAGGGAGAGAACGAUGAUUUUCCGGUAACGCCUACCAACGCCUUUGUUCUCUCUCCGCCCAGGACCCCUGCCGCCAAGGCUCGUAGUUGGGAGCGCUCGGCCGACGCUUCACUAUCAAGGAAACUCGUUGGUAUUGGAGCAAGUCACUACCGAAGGAUGGAGGCACUCGGGCUGUACGAUACCGACGUCACCCCGACUCGUCCUUCACGCUCAAGCCCACUUCUUGAUCCCAUCGAUCUCACGGUUGCCCUAUCACCGUCGAGCAAAUGCUCCCGUCUGUCGUCCUCCUUGGAAGCGACAGCCGCCAACGAGGACGAUGAGCUUACCUUUGAUCCGAGAAAGACUCUCUUCUUCCAGGUACCCAUCUACAUGGGUUCGCCAGUCGUGUCCUGA